GAAUUCGAAACGUCACGGAUCACCAGAUAAUUUGUUCUUUCGCAGAAAACGAUAGUACGCACCGUAGGGUUGAGAGCAGAGCAGAGCACGACACAACACAACACAACGCAGCACAACACAACACAACGCAGCACAACACAACACAACGCAGCACAACACAACGCAGCACGGCACCCAAGCACGAUGGCAGGUUCCAACACGAACGACAACGAGAACGGCGACACCGCCAGCAUCCACAGCUACGGCAACGCCAGCGUCAACAGCUACAGCAACAACGCCGUCGGCCCGGAAACGAUCGGCGCCACGGUGGGCAAUGGCAACGGCAACGGCAAUGGCAAUGGCAACAGCUACGGCAACGGCAACGGGCACACACCGCCCCACGCCGAGGCCGAGGAACGGUCCCGGAGGAUGAUCCUGGAGAGCUACGAAAAGGCGGGCGUCGACCUGCCCCUGGUGACCCUGGAGACGGUCCUGGACCGGGAGAUCUCGGAGGAYGACGCCCGCAAGACCGGGACCCCCCGCUUCAAGAGGUUCCUCCACCGGGCCCUCUCGCCGGUGGCCGGAGGCAGCGGCAACCACAACCACAACCGCAAUUCCGGAAUGGUGGAAAACGCCCUGGCGGACGCCUCGUUUUCCCCCCCGCCUUCCGAGCCCUUUGCCUCCGGCAGCGGAGGUCCCACCGCAGACARCUACGGCCUCGCGCCACCCUCCCACACCCACCCGGACGGCCCAAACGAAGGGGAAGGUUUCGCCACCGCAGAGGCAGGCGCCACCGCCACYGCUUUCCCACACGACGAACCGAAGCAGACCGAAUCGCCCUCCAAGGACACGGCCUGCCACCCGACCUUUGACUUUUGCUGCCCCAAGCCCUUUGCGGAGGGAGCGGACCCCAACGAUUCCGUCGCCUCGUCCAACAAGUACAUUAUGAGCAACCUGCAGAUCCCGGAGGGCUUUGAGGACGAGUACCAGCCGAACCAGCAGCAGAACCACCACAACCAGCAAAACUACCAGCACCACCACCAGCAGAACCUCGAAAAGGCCCGGGCCUCCCCCGCCCUGGCCGACGACGCCGAGGACUCGAUGCUCCACUCGUCCUUUGGGGCGGACCGCGGGGCCGUCCUGGCCUCGUACUCGGACAGCUACGGCCGAACCAAGAGCCGCAAGCCGGGGGCAAGCAGCGGCAACAGCCUGGUCGGCUACCUGCGAUCGAGCCGGAGGUUCCGCUGGGCCAUGGCCGUCUGCUGCCUCCUGCACGUGGUGCUCAUCGGCCUGGUCAUUGCCUUUGUCCGGUCGAUGGACCACGAGGCGGCCCUGGCGAGUGCCAGYGCCAGCGCGRGUGCCAGUGCCAGCGAAACCGCAAGCUCCGGUGCCGCUUCSGCCKCCRAGCCGCCGCAAGCAGCCCCCCCCGCYACGGAAAGCAUCGCGGGCACCUUUGCGGGAUCGGCUUCCACCGCCCAGAACGCACCGGCAAAUGCCACGGAAGAACCACCGGUGGCCACCACCGACGACGACGACGCCGAAGGAGGCAGCCCUUCUGCUUCGGCCGUGGCCGUGGAACUCCCGGGCAACGCCAACGCCACGCAAGCCCCCGCCRWWGCUCCCCCCUGCGUCGACACGCUCGAGCUCAGCGCGGCCUGCGUCGGCGCCGGCGACGACCUUGUCGUCUUUUUCGAGGCCUGCUCCCCCCUGCCCGGCGACUGGGUGGCCAUCUACGCGUCGGCCGACGACUCGCAGAACCUCCUGGACGGGGACGCCCUCGGCUGGACCUACACCUGCGGGGACCGCUUCUGCGGGACCGCCGUGGAGAGGGAGAACCUCUCCUUUGCCCGGGCCRUCGAGCGGGCGGGGCCCGGGGUCUACCGGGCCCACCUGAUCCGCGGGUCGGAGGGACCCCUCUACCAGGCCUUUGCCAGCAGCGGGGAGUUCACCGUGGUGGGACCGGCCGGGGGCUGCCCCGGGAGGUAGGUAGGAAGGAAGAAAGGCAGGCGCGCGCCACGGAAGGACGCGCCAAAGCACCGCACCGCACCGGCAGGGUGCAUAGAUCAUCGAUACAGUGCGACAGCACCAUUCUAUAGAAACGAUACCAUACGAAGUAUAACCAAACGAAACGCAACC